UCACUCAUUCCCAAACCUCUGCGCUGUGGAUCGCUCAUUCCCAAACCUUGAAAUUCAUACUCUAUCCCCUCAAAAAAGAAAAAAAGAAAAAAGAAAAGCUCAAAAUUCAUAAAUCAAAAGCCAAAACCCAAAAGACACAUAUUUUGGGUAAAUAAGAAGGAGACAACUCACUCACUUCCCCGCCACAGACCCAAGUCAUUAUGAAUUAUCCAAUCCUCGUUCCUUUCCCAUCCAUACAUCUCUCACUAAACAAAAGCUGGCCUUCUUAAUACCUCAUCAACAAUACCAAGCAACCAUGGUAGUAAAUCUCUCAUCUUCUCUAUCAUCUUCUUCUUUUUUCCUAACCAGAUUAACGAAUUCUAAGGCACCCAUCUCAGAGUUCUCUUUAAAGCCUAAAACCCACUUGUCAAAACCUUUGCACUCUUCACUAUGUUAUUCAUUUUCUUCCUUAGACCUCAAUCCCCAUUGCAAGAACCAUUUUUUACAUACAAAGAGCAGGAACCCACUUGGUGGAAGGUUGAAGUUCAGGUCUUGGGCUUUUUCUGGAUUUGAUUUUGGGAACUUAGAGAGCUUUCAGUCUGUUUUGGAGGCGGCAGCAGUGUUAACAGCCAUAAUUGUCGUUCACGAGAGUGGUCAUUUCCUUGCUGCUUAUCUGCAGGGCAUCCAUGUAAGUAAAUUUGCAGUUGGGUUUGGUCCAAUUUUAGCUAAAUUUAAUUCAAACAAUGUAGAGUACUCUAUUAGGGCAUUUCCUUUAGGUGGGUUUGUGGGGUUUCCUGAUAAUGAUCCAGAAAGUGAUAUUCCAGUUGAUGAUGAAAAUUUGCUAAAGAACAGACCCAUAUUGGAUAGAGUAAUUGUGAUUUCGGCUGGUGUAGUUGCCAAUAUAAUCUUUGCAUACCUGAUAGUAUUUGUUCAAAUCUUGUCUGUUGGUUUGCCUGUACAAGAAGCAUAUCCUGGGGUGGUUGUCCCCGAGGUUCGAGCCUUGUCGGCUGCUUCCCGAGAUGGGUUGCUUCCUGGAGAUGUGAUCCUCGAGGUUAACGGAAGUGAAUUGCCAAAAGCAGGGCCUAGUGCUGUUUUAGAGCUUGUCGAUGUGAUUAAGAAGAAUCCCAAGAGAAAUGUGUUGCUCAAGAUUGGGAGGGGGCCACAGGAUUUUGAAAUUGGGGUCACCCCAGAUGAGAACUAUGAUGGAACUGGUAAAAUUGGAGUUCAAUUGUCACCAAAUAUCAAGGUUUCUAAAGUUAUACCAAAGAACCUAGUGGAGGCUUUCAAUUUCUCCGGAAAAGAAUUUUGGGGACUCUCAUCAAAUGUUUUGGAUAGCUUAAAACAAACUUUUCUCAACUUCUCACAAUCAGCUAGCAAGGUUUCAGGUCCAGUUGCAAUUAUUGCUGUUGGUGCAGAAGUGGCAAGAUCAAACAUUGAUGGACUAUACCAAUUUGCGGCUGUUCUUAAUCUUAAUCUUGCAGUAAUAAACCUUCUUCCUUUACCUGCUUUGGAUGGAGGUUCCUUGGCUUUGAUUCUCAUAGAGGCGGCUAGAGGUGGUAGAAAACUCCCUUUAGAAGUAGAGCAACGGAUUAUGUCAUCAGGGAUAAUGCUUGUUGUGCUUUUAGGUUUAUUCCUCAUCGUCAGGGAUACACUUAACCUCGACUUUAUCAAAGACAUGUUGUUGUAAUUUCUGACACAGAAGCUCUGAAAGUUUGGAUAGAAUUUGGUUACAGAGAAAAUGUGUAUGUAGCUUUUCUUGAUCUUUGUGGUCUCUGAUAUCAAAUACAAAGGCAAAAUCAAGAUCUCUGGAGAUGCUUGCAUAAAAUGGUUGCUUAUACUACCCAAGACGUUUCAUGGAGGGUAUGUGGUUUCUCACAUAUUAGGGAAUUUGCUUCCAUCAAAACUGGUUCUUCUUUAUAGUCAUGUAUCAUUUUUUUUUUUUUUAUUAAUGAAAUAAAAAAUAAAUAAAACAACAUGGAUUAUAAAUGGAUAACCCAUAGUAUCUUUUCUCGGCAUAUAGAUGAAAAUCCAUGUCGUAUAUUCUUUUUCUUUUAUGAAUUUUUGAACUUAGCCUGA